AUGUCUAUAACUCCGAUCAUUACCUUCAAAGCGGGUAUCUGUGACCUGGAGACCGGCGAACCCCCCGUCGUAAAGCCCAACUCCACCCCCGGUUACAUCUACCUCUACUCCGAAGAUGAGCUGGUACACUUUUGCUGGCGCCCCAGAACGGCUCCUCACACUGAACCCGAGCUCGACCUGGUAAUGGUCCCUGCCGACGGAACCUUCAUCCCCUACCAGCCCGCCGGGAAAGAGGCUCCUACCAAUGGUCGGAUCUAUGUCUUGAAGUUCUCCUCCAGCUCCCAGCGGUAUCUCUUCUGGUUGCAGUCCAAGACGCAACAUGAGAGAGGCAAGCUGAGCUACUUCAGCCCCAGGGAUCUCAAGCUGGGAGAGAUCGUCAACACUCUGCUUAUGGGCGAAGAGGUUGACGUGGAGCAUGAGAUUGCCAACCUUCCCCGGGGCGGUCCGUCCGGUGGUGAUGACGACGAAACAAUGGAAGACGUCGAAGGUGUGGAUCAUGAUCCGAGCCAUAACCAUGGAGGCAACAGCGGAGGCGCAGGUCCGGACGCAACUGGCGGUGAUAUCCGGGAGGAGGGCCAGGGAUCGAGGGAAGGUGGUGCUGAUGGUGGAAGAGCGGCAGCUGCUGACUCGGAUCCCUCAUCUGUCGUGAGCAGCUUCCUGCAGUCCCUGCAAGGAGGCUCGAGGCAGUCCCAAGACCCCGAGAGGCCUUUCACCACUCUGCAAGAUCUUCUUUUACCUUCGACUACACUACCCUUCUUGGAAUCUGCGGACGACCAGACCGUUGACAAUCUCCUGAACUUUCUGCCGCCGUCGCUGCUCCUCUUGGCGCAGGACAACGACAUCGACGAGGCGGCGGCGGCCGAUCAAGACCCUGACAUCGCUCAAGCGGCCUUGGGGUCACUCGAUCUCACGCAGAAGAAAGACAUCCUUCGUAAGGUUCUCCAUUCGCCUCAAUUCGCGCAGAGUCUGGCAAGUUUGACGGUGGCCAUUCGGGAUGGCGGAUUACCGAGCAUUAGCGAAGCCCUUAGAAUUCCGGUUGCAAAUGGAGGAUUUAUGCGUAGAGGGGGGGUUCCACUGGGUGGUGGGGAUGCUGUCGAGGCAUUCCUCCAGGGCGUUCGGGAUCAUGUCAAGGAUUCAGCUCAAGGAAACCGUAUGGAGACCGAUUGA